AUUUGAGUCUUAGCUAAGAUUGUUUCAAUCUCGAUUAAAAUGGUUCAUGUCUUAGCUAAGACGCAAACAUUAGUUCCAAAGUUUCUACUAUGAGUCGCCACUAUCAGUAUACAGUAUCAAUAAUAUAGAUUUGAGGUCACAAUAUAACUCAACAAGUCGAGUUAUACGGAUCUCUCGCGAUCCAAUAAUAUGAUUCAGAGGCACAUCAGAAGCAUUUUUAUUGAACCAUGAUAAAUAUGCAAAAUUUAACAAACUUUAAAUUCGUUAGAUUUAAUAAUAAGAUGGUUAAGAAAGCAUUUUACAGCUUAAUAUCUUUCUAGCUUUCAGGCAUAUUAAGAUCACACAUUUAUAUUAUCAAUUUUUUCAUUUUUAAAAUAUAUAUUAAAAAUUUCGAUUUUUAAUUUCAAUUUCAAAUUUUAAUAAAUUAUUUUUAUCUUUCUUAUAUAUUAUAUGUAUAUAUCAUACGUUUUUGUUAAGACUUUCUUUUCUAUUGAUUUUCACGAGUUCAUGUCUUCAAGAUUUCGUCCCGAUUUGUUUUAAUGUAUAUUAUUUAAAAACAUUGUAAGAAAACAAGUAUAUUGUUUUUAAGUUAUAUAAAUUAUAUAACUUAUACACAAUUUUUAUAUUUAUAUAUACUUAUAUAAGUUAUAUCCGAAUCAAAUGGAUCCUUCGACACAUACUUGUCCUGCAAAUUAAUGUUUUACUCGAUCCACUCUGACAGACACGAUAUCACGUGCAAUUCACGACGAUGCUUCAAUGAAACGAUAUGUUUCAUCAUUCGCCUCACUGCGCGCGCGCUGUGUGUAUUCUGCUACUUUUCUCUACCUUCCUUGAUAUUCUCCAUUCUCUUUCUCACUCUGUCUUUGACGCGUCUGGCGGUCUAGUUCACUGAACGAAAGCGUGCGUCAGUCGGAAACCGGCAGUUCCCGUUGAAUCUUGACAGAGUACGUGCCUCUUUUUUCGGAGACUUGCAAAAAAUCGUAAAAAUUUCGCUCGAUCAAGAUAAUUCUAAAACAAAUUUUAAAAGAUUUGUUUCUUCGAAACGGACGUCAUUUAAACAAAUUUAUUGAUUCAAUACCGAGGUUUCUCUCAGUGAACACUCUUCUUGAUUUUCUGAAAAAACAGAAACGGUGAAAAACAGCGCGGCUGAAAAACAAGCAGAAAAGAAAGAAGAAGAAGAAGAGGAAGGAGAGAUGGACAUAUAUAUAACACUACGGAGUCCGCUGGCUAACGUCAUCGAAUUAUUUCGCGAAUUGAUAAAUUGGAGUCACCAAACUGAGCUCACCACAAGAGAUCUAGAGGAAACGCAGCGCUGAUCUAUAAAUGGCGAAUUGACACGGCAUUAUUCAAAUUAGAACUGUAGAAAGAAAGAGGAAGAAGGAGACACACACACACAUACGCGGAUAAGUCAAAGGUCAUAGAGAAGAAGAACAAAAGACAAACUUGGAAAGAGACAUCGAUCAUCCACCAGCCGAAUUUUUCUCUCGCAAAAACGCGAAUAUGGCCAAUGACAACGCGCUUUGGGUAUUUGGAUACGGCUCUCUUUGUUGGUAUCCCGGUUUCUCAUACAGCAAAAGCAUCACCGGCUACAUCAAGGGCUACAAAAGACGCUUUUGGCAAGGCAACACAACGCAUCGCGGUACGGUCGAGAAGCCUGGUCGAGUCGCCACACUAAUCGAGGACAAGGAGGGCACGGUUUACGGACGAGCGUUUCAAAUUAAGGACAGCGCGGCGUUACCCUAUUUGGAAAAUCGGGAGUGCGCUCUGGGAGGAUAUGCGACGACCAUAGUGACGUUUCACAGCCGGGACGGGGCCAAGCAAUUCCCCGUCGUGAUUUACAUCGCCACCAACAAGAACAAGCUCUGGCUCGGCGAAGCGUCGCUGCGGACCAUAGCGCGUCAAAUCACCGAGAGUUCCGGUCCGAACGGACACAACGUCGAGUACCUGUUACGAUUGGCGGAGUUCGUGCACCGUUACUUGCCUGAGGCACACGACGAGCAUCUCUUUACGUUGGAGCUGCUGGUGCGCUCCAGGAUAAAGGAGAAGAACAUGUGCCUGGCGACGCUGAUGGGAAACCGCGACUUCAUCAUCGAUCUCGAGGACACGGAAGCGGCGGUUCACGCGGAGAAUCACGCGGACGGCAACGAGCAAUCUCGCGGGAACUCAUUACAGUUUAGCGCGCGAAUAACAUCAAAAACUCUGCGCUGCCUGAAGAUGUAGUCAAUUGCGAUAUAGCAAUUGUGUUAUACAGUGAAAAAACCUAUAUGUGUAACAAGCAAUGACUGAAAGUAAAAAAACGAUAGCUUAUCGUAUGCAACUACCUCGUAUUUAUGUCUUUAAGUAAUCGCACAUAAAGCAGACUUAGUCAAUAUGAACAUUAACAAAUUUUCGCGCUGACACACAUGUGAUGCUGAUAAUGCGAACGUGUUAUUUUUUUCGCGGACACAAAUACAGAUUAUUCCAGUAACGAUUAACAAAUAUCAGCUGACAAUAAUGGAAUGAGUCCUUAGACCUUUGGGAGGUUAAUUUCUCUGAUUAUUUUGAAAGUGCAAAUUUUAAACUAAUUGAAUUAUAGUUAAUUUAAGAAUGAACGUUCUACAUUUCGUUUCACAUUUGAAUACCUUCUCUUUUAAUGCUCUUUGCUCGGCUGUGUUGAAUUAUAUAGAGUUAAAUAUAUGCGUAAAUGCGUGUUGCUUUUCAUAUGUAUAUGUGUAUGUGUGUACGAGAGCGCGCGCGUGUAAAUAUAUGUAUAAUCGAA